GUGGUGACACGCCCUGCGUGGUGACGUCACUCAGGCGGGAUCCGUCUACGGGAGAUUUAAAACAAGAUGGUGGUUCGGGCCCGCGACGGCGGAGGAACAUUUAAAAACAAAUUAUGAAAAAGUUGUGUAGAAAUUCCAGACUCUGAAGAUAACUGUCGUGUGUUUAUACCACCUAACACAGCUAAUGUUUUCUCCUGAUCAAGAAAAUCUUUCUUCAUCCACAAAAGCACCCAUUAAAUAUGGAGAAAUCAUUGUGUUAGGGUACAAUGGAUCUCUGCCAAAUGGAGACCGAGGACGAAGAAAAAGCAGAUUUGCUUUAUUCAAAAGACCAAAACCGAAUGGUGUGAAACCGAGCACGGUGCAUGUCCACUGCACGCCGCAAGCAGAGAAAGCAAUAAGCAACAAGGAGCAACACAGUAUUUCGUACACACUGUCUCGAGCUCAGACAGUGGUGGUGGAAUACACACAUGACAACAACACAGAUAUGUUUCAGAUUGGCCGAUCAACUGAAAGUCCGAUUGAUUUUGUGGUGACGGACACAGUUCCAGGAAGCCAGAGUAAUGCCGACACACAAUCUGCUCAGAGCACCAUCUCCAGAUUUGCAUGUCGGAUUAUAUGUGAAAGAAGUCUUCCCUACACUGCUCGGAUAUUUGCAGCUGGAUUUGACUCAUUCAAGAAUAUAUUCCUCGGGGAGAAGGCUGCCAAAUGGAAAACUUGCGAUGCCCAGAUGGACGGUUUAACCACAAACGGCGUGCUGGUGAUGCACCCCAGGCUCGGCUUUACAGAGGAUUCCAAACCAGGGGUCUGGAGAGAGAUAUCCGUUUGUGGCAAUGUCUUUACUUUGAGAGAAACUAGAUCGGCACAGCAACGGGGAAGAAUGGUUGAGAAUGAAAGCAAUGUUCUGCAGGACGGCUCUCUAAUAGAUCUCUGUGGAGCAACACUACUUUGGCGCACUGCAGAAGGACUUGCUCACACUCCUACGGUGAAGCACCUGGAAGCCCUUCGGCAGGAGAUAAAUGCAGCCAGACCUCAGUGCCCAGUUGGAUUUAAUACGCUUGCCUUCCCCAGCAUGAAGAGGAAAGACGUGGAUGAGAAGCAGCCGUGGGUGUAUCUUAAUUGUGGACACGUACACGGUUACCACAACUGGGGAAACAAGGAUGAGAGGGAUGGAAAAGAGAGAGAGUGCCCCAUGUGCCGAUCACUAGGCCCAUACGUUCCUCUCUGGUUAGGGAGUGAGGCUGGAUUUUACGUUGAUGCGGGACCUCCAACCCAUGCAUUCAGCCCGUGUGGACAUGUAUGCUCGGAGAAGACUACCACCUACUGGUCCCAAAUCCCCCUCCCCCACGGCACUCACACUUUCCAUGCAGCCUGUCCUUUCUGCUCUACUCAGCUCACUGGGGAACAAGGAUAUGUUCGACUCAUUUUCCAGGGACCUCUUGAUUAAGGACGUGAUUUUAUUAACUGGUGGGUAAACUGAUAGUAGAAAGACAUUUGAUAUCUUUCAGAAUUAUAAGCUAGUUUUCUACAUUGAAUUCCAUGGGUUUUGGAUUUUGUCUGUUCUGGGACAACCUGAAUUGUCUCGUCCUUUGAGGAAAGCAACCUAAUUUUUUUGUGAUGUUGCCUUUGAGACAGGUUUUGAUAAGUUUGCAUUUGUUAAAACAAGUAUUUUGAAAUACAAAAUUUUCUUUCCCAAAUAUUUAAAAAAAAAGUGCACAUCACAUUGAACCGAUUCACAGACACAAGAUGAUUAAUCCUGAGUUGUAACUGGGUGAAUAGAUCUGUUGCAAUUUGAUCUCCUCCACCCUUUACAACGGAGAGGUUAUUCCCAUUCAAUACAGUUUAACCUGUUUCAACACUGCAGAACACUUUGAAUGUUAAAAUGUAGGAGCUUGAAAUGUGUGGUUUCUGACUUUGCUCAGUCAUUGUAAUCAUGACUGGUGGUGACUCUGGCUCUGUAUGAAGGAGUCUGUCGUUUGUUUCCUGUGGAAUAACUAUAUUUCUAAAGAAUAUUGGCAGGUUUCAAUUGUGGGUAAUAUCAGAAGGAUUUCAUCAGCUGAGCACAGAUAAGCUUGAGAUAAAUGUAUUUCAUUCAGACCCGAGUGUUUUAUUGAUAAAUGUCAAUAGGCGCAAAGAGAAGAAGGAAAUUGCGAACAUGACAUAUUUAGUAGUUCUUUAUCACAACAUCCAUAAUAUGCCAGGUGGAUUUCACCAUAAAGGUAGUUCUCUGCAUCUAAGUGCAUUGAACAUUUUGGAAUGACAACUCCCUGGUGCCAAAAUGAUUUCCGGUGGAUAACUAAUAUGACCACUUUUUACAACAUGUACACCAUCGGAAUAUAGUAAAUUGUUUACACAAGCUGACCUGCUAAACACCUGUUUCUCUCCAGUAACUGACGAUGUGCAAAGCUGGCUUAUUUUGCUGUACAGCAGCUUGCGUUCUGUAGGAUCUUUUGUACUAAAUUAUUGCCUGUAAUGUAUGUAGCUUUAGACAUUUGUAGGGAUUACUUAGCAUAUGUGGAAUGCUAACCUUUAAAGCGUAUUAAGUCUUGAUUUUUGUGAAGUAAUAUUAAAUAGCAAUGUGCAAAACUGCUCUUUGAUUUUGGUCAUCUACAUUGUAUUCUGAGCAAAGAUCUUCUGUCCCUUUUUUAUUCAGUUUAUUGUACAUAAUCUUGAACUAUUAUGACAAAAGAACCUAGAAAACAAAUUGGAUAUUGGUAUUAACAAACCUAUUAAUCAUAAGAGAGGGUUUGCUGAGGGGAGGAAGUCAAAUAUCCCGUUUGAUUUUGUUAUAAUCUUUUUAUUCUGAUGUCUAUUCCCCAUGCAUCUCCAAUUACACCAGGGCAGAAAGUGUGGUAAGAGUGCUGGUAUUAUAACGCUAUGGCUCUGACUGUAUUACUGACUGUGCAUUAAACUCUCAGGAUUUAAGUAGUGAUUUAUUACCACUUUAUCAUUCUACUUGAGCAGAUAUUUGAACGCUGAUUUUUUUUUUUUUAAUACAAAUGAAUAAAGCAGAAACACAGUUACAAUCAUUUACUUGUUCCAUGGGGAAAAUAAAACUUCCUUUGAUUUGGAUUGACUUUUGGCUGCUCUGGUAUCUCAACCAUCCAUCAAUAUUCAGCAGAGAAAUGUUAUUUUGCAUUUAGAAUUCAUUUAACUAGAUCUGACAGCAAAUAUCCACUUGCAAGUUGUUCCAUGCUGCUUAAGGGAUUCUUGAUCUUUGACAUGGCAGUUUUGUUUGGUGCUAAUUUGAUUCUGUGAGAAUGCAAUCCUUGGAACUCGGUAUUCUGAAUCAAUUCUUACCUUGGUGUUGGCUGCAGUAUUGAAGCUAUGGGACCUGCCCAGCUCCACCUGGAGGUUGUCUGAACACAGCAGAGGAGUUUGUGGGCAGAUGUUAACAGACAUGGUGGAAUCUUGGUGUGAUAUUCUGAUAGACCAUUGAACAAGUCAAUUGUGUUUAAUUGUCAUUUUUGCCAGCAAUAGGACAAUUAAACUUUGUAAAUGCUUAACAGGCCAAUUAUUGAUUAUAUAAUUCAUAAGUUAAUAAUCCGUAAUACUGGGUAACCAGACCAUAAUAAUGCAUAACCAAAGUACAUGGUGCAUCAAAAUAAAGUCCAUCGACUACUUUAAUUGUUGAGGUUAGUGUUGUGCACGGUUCGAGCCUGAUGGUUGCUGGCAGUAAAGCUGAUCUUGUACCUGGAGGUCACGGUUUGAAGGCCUUAUACUCCCUUACCAUUUGUGGUGGUGAGAUCAUUGUACCUGUGGGAUGAGAGGGUGGCCUUUGUGGAUACAUUUCCUUUUGCCUUCCAGGUUUACAGGGUGUGCCUCAGCUAUUGUACUUUAGCCCAUGUACACUUUCAAAAGAGAAAAAUGAAGACGGCACAGAGUUCAAAUAUUACAAGAUUUUGAGAGUGCAUAGCGAUUCGAGAUAAACUUUGAGUUGUGUAUUAGCCAUUCAUAUUCAUGUGAAUCUCUGAUAGAUUGGUGAUAAUGAUGGUUGAGUACCUUGUGUUCUGUAUUGACAUUACAAAUAUGUUAGCUAGGCUAAACUCCAAAAAUGAGAAGCCUUCAUUCGGCCAAAAUCUUGUAGCAUUGAGUUCAUUCAGCAGGAUCAAUUGUUCGGGAACACCAUUACACAUAACUUGGUGCAAUAAUGUAUGUGUAUUCCCAUGAAGCCAGUGCACAAGUUAUUGUUCAAAAUAUGGUUACUAUAAUACUAACAUAAGAAGUGAUCAUUCAUAACAUUAUGAUAGGUAGACAAUCUAUUUGUUUUCCAGAGUGGAAAUGUUAAACACUAGAGGGCAUAGUGAGAGCAAGGAAAGUUUAAAAACAUGUUGGGAUAGGAACAGGCCCUUUGGCCCGUGAUGCUUGUGCUGAAAUGAUGCCAGUUUAUACUAAUCGCUUCUGCCUGCACGUGCUCCAUAUCCCUCCAUACCCUGUACAUCCAUGUGUCUUUCUAAAAGCCUUAAAUACCACUAUGGUAUCAGCACCACCACCCUGGCAUCGUGAUCCAGGCACCCACCACUGUGUAACUAAACCCCCUGGCAUUGCGCUCCAGGCACCCACCACUGUGUAAAUAAAAACCUGCCCUACACAUCUUUAAAUGUUGCCCCUCUUGCCUUGCAGCUACACCCUCUGCUGUGUGACAUUUCUACCUCAAAGAUUGUCUAUCCUUUCUCUGCUCCUCAUCAUUUUAUAAACUAUCAGUUCAAUGUGGGUAAUUAUUCCAAAUACGUUGCCUAAAAAUGAUAUUAAUCUCUGGCCAGCUGGUUAUUUCCUUCCUUUACCUUCCCUUUGACCAAGGCAAGAUUUUUACAAAUUCCUUUAGCACUACAUUGUUUCAUAGACAUGUUGUACAUUAUUUAAGAUUGGGUUUAAGCUGUGAUACAUGCUGCUCUUGAAUCUGAUUACAAAAUGACUUCACUUGUCUCUGUGUGUCUACUUCAACCUUUCUUUGUUCAACUCACUUUUACCAGUACAACAAUCAGGAGUUUAGUGCUAAAUCUCUUACUGUUGGCUAUCAGCAGCCUGCCAGAGGUGGAGCACACUGUCGAUUUGACAAAUGCAGCAGAAGAAACCAUUGCCAACUUAGGAUGAGCAGACCUGAGACCAGGUUCAAAGAGCGAGUCAGAUUCAGAAAUGUCACAGCUGGAGAGCAGAGACUUCUUGUCUGUUUCUCAUCAAUAUUCUGCAGUCACACUAAAUUCAAAGUUAACUGCUGACAAAAUAAUGCAAAACCUAUUUGAAAUGGCCUGUUGAUUAAAGUUACAAAGUGCGAGUCUGUCUUUUUUUCAUGCUGACGGGGCGGGUGGGUUGGGGGGGUAGUUGAGUAAAACUUCAUUUACGUGUAAUGUGUGUAAUAUGUCUUUUAUUAAAAUGAAUGCUUCUGGUUAAA